AUGCACAAGAAGAUUUGGCUUCUGCUAUUAUUUUUAUCAGUUGAUGGUGAGUUUCUUUCAGAUUCAAAAAAAAAAAAAAGAAAAAAGAAAAAAAAGUGUGCGCCGGGUGGGGGUCGAACCCAGGAUGCGCAAAAGCUAGGCAGGGAUGCUAGCCACUCGGCCACCGGGCUCUUUUUUUCUGCUGACGAAAAUGUUGCAUAUAAAAUGCGCUUGAAAAAAAUAAUUUCAGCGCUUUCAAAGUGUCAACUGGGAGAUGUCUGCCUGGAAUGUGAACUCGACGCGGAAUUAAACACGGCCUGCGAAGAAUCCCGUACCCACGAGCCAUUCCUCUUCUGCAAUCCUCGCACCAAAAAAAUCGACAUCGAGCACAGCUCCUACCUAUCAUGCACAAAUUCCACGUGGAAACAGGAGAUUUGCUCCGAAGAUGGGCGAGUUCAUUUCAGUCAAACCACCCGUCAAUGCAUCGAUCCCGCCCGUCAAUUCUUCCAUUCACAAGGAACUUCAGGAUCCGGAAGAGUUGGCGAUGUUUGCUCGUUUAACACUGAUUGUCUUGGUGGAAUGUAUUGUGCGAUUGGACAAUGCAGAUGUCUUUCAACAUAUGUCGCAGUUGAUGCGUAUUGUUAUGAGAAGAUCUCACCAUCGGAUUCCGGAUGUUUUUAUGAUAUUCAAUGCUCAUCAGUCUGGCCCGAUUCAUAUUGUAAAAAUGGGGCUUGCGAAUGUCCGUCGGAAGAUAUGAUUGCGGUGAAGACGAAAGAUGGAACGAUGUGUGUUUGGAGUACAACAAGUGAACCAGCGUGUCCACUUCCAUCACUUCCACCUCCAGAUUCUCCAUCUUCUCUUGUUGUUUUGCCGGCGGCUGCUGGGAAAACAUCGGUGACGAUUGCACCGUGUAAUCCACAUAGUAGUGAUAUUCCGAAAAGGGAAGAGGAUUUAUUGAAUAAACAACAUGAUUAUAAAUGUGCUGUUAGAGGAAUUGUGAGUUUUCUUCUGAAAAUAUUGAAUUUUAGUGUUUAUACCUCUAAAAUUUAGGAAAUUCCCAUUUUCCCUGAAAAAAACAAAAAAUAAAAAGAAAACAACGACAUUCCGCUUUUGCCCGUUGUUUAGCGCAUCGCGCGUGGUUUGAAUUUAUUUUUUUUGCAAUUUUUUCCGUUUUUUCUCGGAAAAUGACAAUUUGUAUGGAAAAAAUGGAAAAUUUGCGAAAAAAUAAAAAGAAAACAACGACAUUCCGCUUUUGCCCGUUGUUUAGUGCAUCGCGCGUGGUUUGAAUUUAUUUUUUUUUUUCCAGUUUUUUCCCAUAAUUCUGCGAAUACUUAUCUGAUUUUUUUUUUUGCCCAACUAGACUAUAGUUAAAUUAAGCUAAAUCUGAGAUCUGAGAAGAAAACAAUGAUUUUUUAAAGCAGAUUUCGGCCAAAAACACAAUUUUUUAUAGAAAAAUAGGUUUUCUUUUGAAAAUAUUGAAUCUUAAUGUUUAUACAUUUUUCCCUUGUUUUUUAUCUCCAAAAAUUAGGGGUUUUCCAUGAAAAUUCCCAUUUUCCCCGAAAAAAAGAAAAAAUGCAAAAAAUAAAAAAGAAAACAACGAGACUCCGCGUUGACGCCUGCGCGCGUGGUUCAUUGAUUUUCUCACAAUAUUUUUUUUUGAAUUUUUUUCUCGUUUGUCAGUUUUUAAUGGAAUUCUAUAUAUUUCUGGAAAAUUAGAAUUCAACAUUUCAUUUAAAAAAAAACUAAAAUAUUUACGUUUCAAAAUUUUUAUAAUUAAAAUUUCUUUUGGAAUUUUGAUGAUUCCAUUCUCGUUCUUUUUUUCAAAAAAAAAUUUUGCAAAAUCAGGAAAAUUUAAUAAAAUACUUGUUCGAUCCAACCCUAUUUCCUGUCCCAAAAUUUUAUUUUUUUGAAAUUUAUUCUCCGCCAGGUUCAAAAUAAUUCAAAAAAUUCCAGCACGGCGAAGAACCCGAACCUCACGAUGUCUCCGAUCUCUACGACUGCAUCGACAACUCAAAAUUCUGGAAAGAACAAGGCCUCGACACAAGUCAACAUCCAAUCGGUGUCUGUUGCAUGAAUCGAGCAUUCACCUGUAUGCAACCAAAGAAAGGCGAAUCCGAUGCGCUUGGCUCCGUGCCAAGAUGGUAUUUUAAUAGUGUCAUGGGCUCGUGUCAACAAUUCCUCUUCGAUCCGACCGGUACAGAAGUUUCACCGAAUAAUUUUGAAACUUUGGAUCAUUGUGAAAGUUUCUGCAAGGAUAGUGAGUUCAGCAUAUAUUUUUUACAAAAAAAAAAAAAAAAAAAAAAAAUUUUUUUUGAAUUUCAGCCUGUCCCCGUGGAAAUCCAGCCUAUCUGAACACUAAGGGAGCAUCCUCCGCGUCUCGAAUCCCACAAACCGGUUGCUCCACAGCCAGCCCCUGUACAGAUCCUUUCGUUUGCACCGAAGUCGCCAGUCAAUCAAUGUGUUGUGCCAGUCGGAAAGCAAUCUGCAGUGAAUCUGGUGGAAGAUUGAAGGAUGUAGCCAGGAAUUCACCCUAUGAUGCUGGACAUCGAUUUGAUCAAUUGACUGGAGAAGCGGCGAAUUAUGCAGUGGGAAUUAGUACGAGAUAUUAUUAUAAUCCGACUGAUGGACAAUGUCAUCCUUUUACUUUUAAUGGGUUUAUUGGGAAUUUUAAUAAUUUUCAAAAUCAAGCGGAUUGUCAACUUUUUUGCGCGAGAUGUGAGUUAAAAACAAAUAUUUCCUCUUUCAAAAUCAGGGUGAUUCAAGUCGCUAAAAAUAAUUUUUAAAAACAUUUUUGUCAAAAAUUGUUUUUUCAUUAUUUUUUUUCGAUAAUAGGUUUUUGGGGUUUUUUGUUGCGUCACGUGACCGAAUUUUACUAUUUUUAAAUUAAAAUUUUCCAUAUUUAUUUUUAUUUUUCAAAAAAACAAACGUCGCAAAAAUGUGAGUUUCUCUGGGCUCUCUGGCUGAGGUCCUGAGAUGGCCUAACUCAUCUUUGAUCGAAGAAGAAGCUUGGAGUUAAAUUGGCAUUUUUUAAUCAAUAUAAAUUGAAUGAAGAUAUCAAAAAAUCGCAAAAUCAAAACGAAAUUAGCAAAUUUUUGAAACGUACAUUUUUUUAAAUAAAUAAAUUUCAAAAAAAAAAAAAUUCUUCCAGUACAAUGCCCCCACGGCUCCCCACUCACAAAUGGCAAUGGCUCCCCGCAACGAUGUGCCCGCGACACCGAUUGUCCAUCCACCCAUCAAUGCGCCAUGGAACAUCAAGUCUGUUGUCCAACACCUCAAACUCUUUGCACAGAACCUCUUCGCGUUGGUGACUGCAAACAAAGUGUUCGUCAAUUUUGGUACAACGCCGAGACGAAAACUUGCGAAUCAUUUUUGUACACCGGAUGUCAGGGCAAUAAUAAUCGAUUCAAUUCGUUGAACGAGUGUCAGAGCUAUUGCAAAAAUAUUAAUGGUUAGUCAGGGGAACCAAUUGGGCUGAAUCAACUUUUCAAAAAAAAAAACAAAAAGUUAUGCGCCGGGUGGGGGUCGAACCAUGGUUGCGCAAAAGCUCGGCACGAAUGCUAACCACCCAGCCAUGCGCCUAUUUAUCACAGUGUUUUUGCCUUGUGGGUACUAUAGUACCCCUACCGUGAUUUAGGGGGUGCAAUAGGGGUGAUUUUUACCCCUAUUGCACCCCUAUUGCACCACUAAUUGGCAGGGAUUCAAAAGGGGUUAUUUAGUGGUGUUCAUUUGAGAAAACUAAAAAAGAACAAACUAAUCUAAAGGUUCUGAAAUUGUUGUCUGAAAAAUUUCAUUUAGAAAAACGUCAAUUUGAAAAAGUUAUCAACGUUUAAUUUUCGAUUGUAGGGGUCGUGUAGGGGUUGAGUAGUGGUCCCGACUCUGGGAACAUUUUUGCAUCUCUAAAACAGUGAAAAUGCACAUUUCUUGCUAUAUACAACACACACAAUGCUUCUGAGAGCAUUUAUUGGCUCCUAACAAUGAAUGCUGGUCAAAAAUUAUCAUUUUUCCACUCCAAGAGAAGUCCACUAAAAGUGAGAUAAUAUAUAUUAAAUUUAUAACCAUUUCGUUCGUCUUGACAUUUUGAAUUCAAUGGUGUAUGUCAUUUCCUCCAAAAAAUGAUAUUUUAAUGCGCGGAAAUGAAAAGUAAAGGCGCAUGGAAUUUAACACAUUGGUCUCGCAGCGUGUUUGCUUGUGUGUACUUCUCACGGACGAGUGGCGUCAAAAUUUUUUUUUUCGUUUUUUUUCGUUUGUUUUGUUUGUUUCACGUUUCAUGGAGAAAUUGAGUGUUCUGAGCUGCGAAAAGUUUAUAAAACGUGUUCCCCGCCUAGGAACAAGCAAGAAAUUCCAGCAGAACUCCAAAAUUCACACAUUGAGCAUGAUUUUAGGCCGAAAACUGAAAAAUGUGGAGUUUUUCAAUUUUUCAUAUGAAACAAGGCUAUUCUCAGUUUCAUAUGUGUAAUUCAACAUUUUAAUCAGUUUCAAUGGAAAAAUCCUUCUUAGAGUUAGAAAUUGAAAUGCCUUAUGUCUAAUUUCUUCAUUCUCGUGUUUCUCAUACGUUAAACUCGUUAUACGAUUUUUUAGGGCUUGCUCCGAAAAGAAGGCUUCCGCCAAGUUCGUCAAUGAAUGGCAAGAUGAAGAUGGAAAGAAACUCAUCGAAGCCAACUUGACAUCGAUUCGUGUCACACACACAGGUUUGUUGACUUGAAUAUGAAAGGUUGAAUUAGAAUGGUUCUUCAUUUUCAGAUGAAGGUCGUCAACUGUCAAAAGAAGGCGCAUUCGGUCGAAAUCCGAAUCAACGGAGGAACCAUCGCUCAAAAGUCGACUGUACUUGUGAGCAACUAGAGAAGCAAUUUCCAGUUAGAAGUGUCUUCGCGGUGCUGGUCAACGCAUGGUAGGUGGUUUUUUUAAAAAAAAAAACCACGUAGAUGCGCCGUAUUUGGAAAGCGAGUUGAAUUUGAGUCAAUCAAUCAAUCAAGAACUUUUCUUGAUGGAUGGAGUUUUCAAACUCGGUUAUCGCGUUGGUUUAGAUGUUGAAUUUUGGAUGGGAUGAUUGGUGAAAUGGUGUUAUUGGUUGAAACAGACCAAUUUCACCAACUACUAAUCUCAUCAUUUCAACAAGUCACCAGUAUAGUUGGAUUAGCGCCAAUGUUCGCUAUCGAGUAUUCACCAUCUCAACCAACAACAUAGAAAUCUCUGAAAACUCACAUCCACCACGAGAUAAUCGACCAUAGAAGUCGAGUCGAUAAAAGAUAAAAAAAGACUCAAGUUGACUUGACAACAAAAAUUAAAAAUUGCACAUAAUUUUGUCUAAUUUUAUUUAUUUCCAGAACUCAUACCAACACUCGGCUUCAUUAAUUCGACAUCAAAUCAGCUCAAAAUGCAUUGAAAGCAACUACUUUGCCGGACUGAUGAAUCGCCUUCAGAAAUCUAUGUUCGAACUCGAAGCUCAAGUAAAUCAACAAUUCGACACUAUUUGUAAAUAUUUUUUCUCUGUUCGUUUUUUUGAAAAUAAAUUGUCAAACUUGAGUCUUAUUCUGAUUUACCCCUACUGCACCACUACAAAACCACUAUGACACCCCUAUAGGGGUACUAAAAAAAGUUUGCAUAGGGCCCCUAUAGGUGUACCUAUUACACACACAAGUCAAAAACUUUGUAGUGCCCCUAUAGGGGUGCUAUAGUACCCCUAGGCAAAAACACUGUGUAUUUCUCUGUCGAAAUUGUCAUAUUUAAAAGGCGCGCUCUCACACGUGUGCAUUAGAGCGCAAAUGCCGUUUUUCAGCCGAACCAAAAUGCCCGCAAGGUCGCGCCUACGUCGACUUCGCUGGCAAAUUCAUGCAAUGCGGCGAAGGUUUGGGCGGAACUGCUUGCCCCGCAAAUUACGAAUGCACUUUUGAUGGAUUGGUUUACGGUUGCUGCCCAAGUAAGGCUUAUACCUGCUCACUUCAAGUCAACAAAGGAAUCGCUUGUGGAUCCGGAUCUUCUUAUCGAUAUUUCUACAAUAAUCAGGCGAAAGAAUGUCAAUCGUAUUUGUUUUUGGGUUGUGACGGCAAUUCGAAUAAUUUCCCGUCUAUUGAAAAAUGUCAGAAUUAUUGUGAGAUUGCGAUUUGUCCGAAUGGCGGAAGCCCACUUCGAUCGAAUUCGAAAGUGAGAAGUUGCUCUAAUAGCGAGCCUUGUCCCUCUGGAUAUGAUUGUAGUAUUGUUGAGGCAAAUGGUGUGAUGCAAAGGAGAUGUUGCCCGUCAAAAGGUAGUGUUUUUUGAUAUUUAGAAUACACGGUGUUUUACGGGAGAGAGAGAGAGAGACGCAGAGAAAACAAGAAAAAUCCUCGAAAAAUGUGUUUUUUAAAAUUUUCUCGUUUUCUCUGCGUCUCUCUCAAUUUACCGUGUUUUCUAUGAUUUUUUUCGUUUCGAGACCAAAAAAACAAUAAAAAAUGUGUUUUUUCUAGAUUUUUCUCGUUUUCUCUGCGUCUCUUUCAAUUUACCGUGUAAAACACCGUGUUUUCUACGAUUUUUGAUAAAAACAUACAAAAAAUUCGUUUCAAGACCGAAUUUUUCAUGUUUUCAAAGAUUUUUCUCGUUUUCUCUGCGUCUCUCACAAUUUACCGUGUAAAAUACCGUGUUUUCUAGGAUUUUUGAUAAAAAUAGCAUAACAUUUCGUUUCGAGACCAAAAAAACAUUCAAAAAUGUUUUUUUUUUCAUUUUUCUCAAUUUACCGUGUAAAAUACCGUGAUUUUUAAUGUUUUUUUGAUAAAAACACACAAAAAUUAUAUGAUUUUUGAAAAAAAAUUUACAGAAAAUUCGCUUCGAGACCAUUUUUUUCAAGAUUUUUCUCGUUUUCUCUGCGUCUCUCUAAAUUUACCAUGUAAAACUCCGUGUUUUCUAUGAUUUUUAAUUUUAAAAAAUACAAAAAAUUUGCUUCGAGACCGAAUUUUUCAUGUUUUCGAAGAUUUUUCUCGUUUUCUCUGCGUCUCUCUCUCUCUCUCUCAAUGUACCCUAUAAAAUACCGUGUAAUAUUUUUUUUUCUAGUCUCAAUUUGCUCAAAACCGCCACAAAUGGGAAUGCUUCCAAAAUGCAGCAGUGGCAGUGGACAAAUCAGGUGAGGAGGGAGGGGCGGGGCUUCGCCGCACACAAAACAUGGCAGACGGCGAAACGCGUCAACUGUCGGGCGCGCGUUUAAAUGAAAAGGGAGAGAUAGAGAGAAGAGGGACAAGGCUAUGAUGAUUUCCUAAUUGCCGUUUACCCGUCUGAGGAAAACCGUGCUUGAGAACAUUUGGAUAUAGGCUGAGCCCAUUUUCGAUUUUUUUCAAAGGCUGAAAAUUUUUUGAAUCCUAAGUUCGGAUAACUUGAGUAAAUUAAAAAAUUUCCAGAUAUUAUUUCAACAUGGCUCUUCAAACCUGCUCCUCCUACACUUCAAACGGUUGCGACACCUCAUUGAACUCAUUCGCAUCAGUCAGUGAAUGUGAAGAUUUCUGUAUGAGUGCUGGAUGUUCCCUAGGUGACACGGUAUACAAAGAUCCUAACACAAAUAAACCAUACGUCUGCAACACCGCAUUACAAAACAAUUGUCCAAUGAACUAUGAAUGCACAUUAAAUGCGCUAACUCAAGAACACACUUGCUGCGGAUCCGAUGGAAUGGGAGUUUGUCCGACGGGCGAGAAGGCUUUCAUGGACCCUCGAACAAAUACGCCAAGACAAUGUGCAAUGGCAGCUGAUGGAAAGUGUCCGGGAGGUUAUCUUUGCCGAUUCUCCCAAACAAAUCAUAAAUAUUAUUGCUGCGGAAAUAUUCAAGGCGCGUUUUGUCCCUCCGGUCGAUCAUUAUAUCGAUAUUCUUCCACACAACUCCCAGUCCAAUGUCAUAUUUCACCCCUCCAAUCAUCGUGUCCCAACGGUUUCUCAUGUCUUUCCGAUGUUUCCGGCGCUUUCCAGGGUUAUUGUUGCAGUCAAAAUCCAAUUUGUCCAGGGGAAGUUGCUUUUCAUCAAGACGAGAAAACCCUUUUACCAACAACAUGUACAAAUGAGGGAUUCUCAUUCUGCCCGAAUGGUUACACAUGCCAACAACAACCCGAUUCUCUCAAUUUCUAUUGUUGUCAAGGCGAGGAGAAGCACGGAAUCAAUGAUGGAUGCCCGCCUGGCCAGUAUGCCUAUGUUCAAGAGGGUGGAAUCGUCAAAUCUUGUGAUCCUUUUGUUCCCGAAGAUGCGAUUUGUCCGGUGGAAUUUACUUGCCAAUGGUCGCUGAAUAAUCAAAAAUAUCAAUGUUGUGGAAUGCGUCCGACACGAGCAAUCAAACCGACGAUUUUGGGUGAGUCACUCACCAUGAGUGUAAAAAAACAAAAAAAAUGCUCCCGGUGAGGCUCGAACUCACGACCUUCAGAUUAUGAGACUGACGCGCUGCCUACUGCGCUACGGAAGCAGACGGCGAGGCACACUCAAAUUACCAAUUCGUGUGUGUAGGAAAAAAGAGAAGAGAAAUUUUUUGCAGAUGACGGUUGCCCGGCGAAACAAUUCGCUCUAAUCGAUAAACGAACAAAUCAGACUCGCGCAUGCACAGCCGGCGAAGCGAAAUCGUGUCCAAUCGGCUUCUUCUGCCAAUUUUCAGCCAAAAAAGGCCAAUUUCAAUGUUGCGGCCAGUCGGGCGGUUGUCCGAUCGGACGUGCCGCUUUUAUUGCAAUCGAUGGAAAUGCUCAAGAAUGCCUGCCUGGUCCAGAUAUGUGCUCAGAUGGUUAUGAGUGUGUGAAGAGUAUUACACAUCGCAAUAAGAAUAUUUGUUGUAGUCGCGAAGAAGGAGGUGGGUUUUGGGGAAAAUUCGGCUCUCCUAAACCUAAGGUUCCUUAAGACUAAACCUAAGGUGCAUUAAACCUAAGGCUCCUAAAGUCUAAGCCUAAAAUUCUUUGAGCCUAAGAUUGCUCAAGCCUAAACCUAAGGCUCCUUAAGCCUAAACUUGAAAAUUUUUAGCGCAAGCCUAUAAGCCUAAGCCUGAAACUCAUUUAGGCUUAGCCUAAGGCUCAUUAAGUCAAAGGUUUCUCAAGCCUAAGCCUAAGAUUACGUAAGCCUAAGGCUCCUUAAGCCUGAACCUAAGGCUCAUUAAGCCUAAGCGGAAAACUCCUCAAGCCUAAGCCUAAGGCUCCUAAGCCUAAGCCUAAGAUUGCUUAAGCCUAAGCGUAAGUAAGGUUCAUUAAGCCUAAACCUAACCCUUCUUUAGCCUAAACCUAAGGCUCCUAAACCUAAGGCUUCUUAAGCCUAAGCGGAAAACUCCUUAAGCCUAAACUUAAAACUUUUAAAGCCCAAGCCUAAGGCUCAUUAAGACUAAACCUAAGGCUCCUAAACCUAAGGCUCCUUAAGCCUAAGCCCAAACCAAAGGUUCCUUAAGCCAAAGGUUUUUUAAGCCAAAGGUUAAAUAAGCCUAAACCUAAAAUUCCUUGAGCCGAAGGUUCCUUAAGCCUAAACCUAAGGCUCCUUAAUCCUAAACCUAACCCUAAGAUUCCUUAAGCCUAAGCGGAAAACUCUUUAAGCCUGAACUUAAAAAUUUUAAAGCCUAAGCCGAAGGUUUAUUAAGCCUAAUCCUAAAGCUCCUUAAGCCUAAACCUAAGGCUCAUUGAGACUAAACCUAAGGCUCCUAAACCUAAGGUCCCUAACUCUAAGCCUAAGCCCAAACCCCAAACGCUAAACGCCCUCACCAAGAACCUAUUGCAGGUUGCGCCGACAACGAAGUUCUCAUCGACAACAUCUGCGUGGUCCGCGUCAAAAUGGGCGGAGCCUGUCAUACCGACCACGAAUGCGCCGGCAACACAAAAUGCGUCAACAACAAAUGCACAUGUGGCGAUAAGGAAGAAGAGCACAAAGGGGAUUGUGUGGAUAAAGUGUGCGGUGCAGAUCAAAUUCGAAUCGAUGGAAAAUGUGAAAACCGCGCAGCAAUGGGUGAAGCUUGCAAAUCAUCGCUGCAAUGUGUGUCGAAUUCGAGAUGUAUUAGUGGUGCUUGUGGAUGUGCGAAGGGAGAAAUCGCAGAGGGGAACUCCUGUGUCAAGGAGGACUCCGAGAAAGAGAAGGAAAAAGGGGCCGUGAAAUCUCGACCGAUGAUUGAAGAUAAACCGAUUUGUGUGAUCAUUUCGGACAAGCCAUUCUAUGAUUCGGAUAAGAAACUCGCCACGUGUGUUCUGACCAAUGAUGACUGCCCGUUCGGCUUCAAAUGCCAAUACAGUGAAGUUGCUGGGCAGAAUGUUUGUUGUGGAGUUGGAGAGGAGAAGCGAAGAGUUACCACAACUCCCGAGCCAACUACAACGACCACAGGAAGUAUUAUUGCAACACCAGCCACCCCAGCAUCAUCAAAGAAACCUAAGAUCCCCCAGCAUUGUCCAGGACAAAUGAGUCCAUACCUAGUAAACGGACGGGCCAAGUCCUGCGCAACAACAAGUUGUCCCUAUGGAUAUUCGUGCAAGUUCUCGAGUGUGCUGAAAGACUAUUUUUGUUGUUCGAGACAGAAUCGGAAGAGUAAUUCGAAUCGGAUAAAUGGAGGGGGAUGUGAGCGGGGAAUCGCGUUGUUGUAUCCGAGUACACAGGAGGCUGUGCAGUGUGAUCCGUUGGCGAGAGGGUGUCCGACGGGGUAUUUGUGUUUGCCGCAUACUGUGACCAAGGUGAGGAGAGGGGGAGGGGGGGGGGUUGAUGGGCUUGGGCUAGGCUUGGGCUAGGCUUGGGCUAGGCCUGGGCUAGGCUUGGGCUAGGCUUGGGCUAGGCCUGGGCUAGGCUUGGGCUAGGCUUGGGCUCGGCUUGGGCUAGGCUUGGGCUAGGCUUGGGCUAGGCUUGGGCUAGGCUUGGGCUAGGCUUGGGCUAGGCUUGGGCUAGGCUUGGGCUCGGCUUGGGCUCGGCUUGGGCUCGGCUUGGGCUAGGCUUGGGCUAGGCUUGGGCUAGGCUUGGGCUAGGCUUGGGCUAGGCUUGGGCUAGGCUUGGGCUAGGCUUGGGCUCGGCUUGGGCUCGGCUUGGGCUCGGCUUGGGCUAGGCUUGGGCUCGGCUUGGGCUAGGCUUGGGCUAGGCUUGGGCUCGGCUUGGGCUAGGCUUGGGCGAGGCUUGGGCUAGGCUUGGGCUAGGCUUGGGCUAGGCUUGGGCUAGGCUCGGGCUAGGCUUGGGCUAGGCUUGGGCUAGGCUUGGGCUAGGCUUGGGCUAGGCUUGGGCUAGGCUUGGGCUAGGCUUGGGCUAGGCUUGGGCUAGGCUUGGGCUUGGCUUCCAGGCUUCUGAGCUUCUAACUUAAGGACAGGCCUGUGCCGGAAAAUCAGAACCCGGAAAACGGAAAGUCGGAAAAUUUCCGGCACAGGCCUGAUUCAGGAGCUUAGGUAUCUAGGUUUCUAGGCUGGGCUUUUCUAGACUAAGGCUUCUAGACUUUGGCUAGGCUUUUUUUAGACUCUCAGAUUUUCUAGAAUUCUAGGUUCAUCUUUAGGUCCAAUUAAAAUCUAGGAAUUUUGAGUUUUAGAUUUUUGAGCCUAGAAUUCUAGAAGCCUAGAAAAUCUGGAUCUAGAUGAAUCCACAACAAAAAUCCUAGAUCAAGCCUAGUUCAAGUCUAGAGCCCAAGAAGCCUAAUCCUAGAAGCCUAAGACUGAGCUUGAAGCCAGGCCUAGAAAUCUAGAAGCCUGGAAGCCUGGAAGCCUGGAAGCCUAGAAGCUUUGGCUUUGGUGGACAAGCCUAGAACUCUAAGCCUAGCCGAAAUCUAGCUCAAGGUUAACUCAAGCCUACUAUAGAAAACAAGACUCGAUCCAGGCUUGAUCUAGGCUUGAGCUAGGCUCAGUCUAGGCUUCGGCUAGGCUUCUGGCUGACUCUCAGAUUUUCUAGGUUCAUCUUUAGGCCUCACAAAAUAAAAUCGGGCCGAUUUUUAAGCCCAGAUAGAAUCUAGCUAGAACUCGAGAUUUCUAACAAGGAAACCUUUUUUACUCAACACUUCAAAUCUUGAUGAAAUUUGGUCCAUGGACAGCUUUUGGAGUCAUAAGAACACCCUAAAAAUUUUAAUCUCCCAAUGGACCUCUGAGCCAAGUUCUGGGCUCUCAAAAGUUCAAAAAUUGCCAAAAUUGGCUCAUAAAACACGUCAUAACUCAAUUCUCGAUCAAUUAUAUGAAAAACUGAGUAGCAGAUGAUGAUCAGCGUGGUCGAUUUACCCGAAAAACAUGAAUAAAUCAAAUUUUCAGAAAAAAUUUUGAUUUUGGAAAAAAGAAUGAGCAGGGCACAUAUGAAUUUUCAUGAAUUUUCAGCCCAAAAAUAAAAAACUUCAAAAUUUUUCGAAAUAAAGUUUUUUAUUGAUGUACUUUUAGGUAAUCGACUAUGCUGAUCAAUAUCUGAAACUUCAUUUCCCCGAAAAAAAUUUUUGAAAUGGAGCUAUGAUGCCUUUCAUGACCAUUUUUAGGCCUUUUUUGAGUUUUUGAGAGCCCUGAACUUGGCUCAGAGGUCGAUUGGGAGACUGCAAUUUUUAGGGUGUUCUUAUGGCCCCAAAAGCUGUCCAUGGACCAAAUUUCAUCAUGAUUCGAAGUGUUGAGUAAAAAAGGUCCCCUUGUAAGCUUCCGAGGGGACUUAGACCUAAAUCCGAGCCUCAAAAAUUUUUUUUUUGAAAUCUAGAUCUUUCCAAAAUAUUUCGGAACUUUGAACAUCUGAAAACCUGAUCCACAAAAAAUCCCAAAAAUCCAAUUUUUCUCCAGAAAUACCAAUGCUGCUCAGUUGGCCCAAGUCGAGGCGAACCGCUGGAAGCUGAAGCCGAAGUCAUCUGCCCCUCCUACAUGGUCAAACUUGCUCAACCGAACCCAGCAAAUGGAAAACCAGCCUUCAAAUGUGUCAAAUCAUGUCCAACCGGCCAAAAUGCUGUGAACGGUUUAUGUACACCCGUCCAAAAUUGA